AUGGACUUUUCGAAAUUGAGUCGAUUUUUUGUGUUUUUGUUCGGUCUUUGCUUGCAAAGUUUUUUACAAGCACAUUUCAUCAAUAAUAAGUUCAAAAACUAUACAUUUGGCAUUGACUAUGAGAGAAACACAUUUCUCAAAGAUGGCAAACCAUUUCGUUAUGUGUCUGGCAGUAUGCAUUACUUCAGGACUCCCAAGUACUACUGGAUGGACAGACUUGAAAAGAUGUAUGCAGCUGGGUUGAAUGCUGUACAAACGUAUGUUGCAUGGAACUAUCAUGAGCCACUUCCUGGUAUGUUCAGAUUUAGUGGUGACCAAGAUUUGAUUGGAUUCAUCAAAACAGCACAGGAGGUUGGUUUGUUGGUCAUUCUGAGGCCAGGUCCUUACAUUGAUGCAGAAUGGGAGUUUGGUGGUUUUCCUGGAUGGCUGUUAAAUAGUACAAAGAAAAUGCGAUUGCGAUCUAUGGAUCCAGAGUAUAUUCAGCAUGUUGACAAGUGGUUUGAUAUAUUGCUUCCUAUGUUGAAACCUUUGCUUUAUGAAAAUGGAGGCCCUAUCCUCAUGCUACAGGUAGAGAAUGAAUAUGGUAGCUACUUUGAGUGUGACCAUGCUUAUAUAAGACAUUUGGAGCACAAGUUCCGUGAUCAUCUGGGCCCAAAUGUUAUCCUUUUUAGUACUGAUGGUGAUGGAGACAGUUAUAUGAAAUGUGGAUCUCUUCAAGGAUUAUAUGCAACCUGUGAUUUUGGUAUAACAAUGAAUCCAGCAAAAAACUUCAAGGUCCAGCGAGACUUUGAACCUAAAGGACCUUUGGUGAAUUCAGAAUUUUAUACGGGAUGGCUUGAUAAUUGGGGAUUAAAGCAUCACACUGUGAAUGCAGUGCAAUUUGCCACUAGCCUUGACUUAAUCCUUAAAUUAGGGGCUAAUGUCAAUAUGUACAUGUUUGAAGGAGGAUCAAACUUUGGAUUUUGGAAUGGUGCAAACUAUCCACCAUUUCAUCCAAAUCCAACCAGUUAUGAUUAUGAUGCUCCUCUCACAGAAGCAGGAGAUCUUACAGAAAAAUACUACCUAAUCCAAAAAGUGAUUUCCAAGUACCACCAUCUGCCUAAAAAGUCAGUGUCAGCCUCACUGCCCAAAGGUUCUUAUGGUGGAGCAUUUCUUAAAAAGGGUGCCUCAAUUUUGGAUCUUCUACCUGAAUUUCAAAGAACUAUUUCUAAAUACCCAUUCUUUAUGGAAGAUCUUGGACUGUAUUUUGGUUUUACUCUCUACAGACAUAAGUUGAAAGCCUCAGUUGUUAAUGCUUCUUUGGUGGGUAGAGAUGUCCGAGACCGUGGUUAUGUCUUUGUAGAUGGGGAGAAAAUGGGGGUAUUUAAAAUGCAAGAGACAUAUGUUGUGAAUAUCACAGGCAAAGCAAGACAAUACUUAAACAUUCUCAUUGAAAACCAAGGCCACAUAACAUUUGGAAAUACCAUCAAUAAAAACUUCAAGGGAAUUCUUUUGAACUUGACGAUUGAUAAGAAGAAUCUGACAGAUUGGGAGAUGUAUCCAUUUUAUAAUCUGCAAAGUCCCGAUCUCGCAUUACAAACUUCUUUUUUAAAAAAAGCCAUGACUAUCUCAUCACAAUUCAGCUCCUUGAAACUUCCAUCUUUUUAUUAUGGUUUCUUCAAUUUGUCUCCUGAUGAAGACAAAAUUUAUGACACAUUUAUUGACAUGAAAGACUGGACAAAGGGUCAAGUCUUCAUCAAUUACCAUAAUGUGGGCCGUUACUGGCCCAAAAAAGGACCUCAGGUACGUCUCUAUGUGCCACGGACAGUUUUGAAGCCAGGGCUGAACACUGUCAUCUUAUUUGAAUUGGAAGAAGCUCCCUGCUGCUCUUCUUGUCCCUGUCUGGCCCGUUUUAUGGAUCAACCUCUUAUAAAUGGUACUGUAACUAAAAAGUAA